CAUUCAUCGAACUGUCAAAAUGGUGUUGAUAACGACUAUAAAUCAAUAAACAAACGCAAUAGAUCAGUGCAUCCAGUUUUCUUCCGUACAUGAUCCGAAAGCACGCAAUAUUCUCCGUCGAAAAUGUCUAACGUGCACUUGAGAUUAGUGUCCCAAACAGUCUACCGAAAUUUCGUCCAAAAUCAUUGGAAAUUUAACAGGAAUUUUGCCUUCGAAUCGAACCGUAGACUGUUGUCAAAUACUUCCACUGCGAAUCCAACGACAGGCAAUGCCAAAUCGCGAGUAAACAUAAAAACCAUAGCAGCUGUGGCUGUUAUUCCAACUGCAUACAUGGCAUACGAUUAUUUCCGUCGCAAGCAGGAAAAGAUCAACUACAAGGAACCGGACAUUGUAACAGUCGACCGCGUACCCAACGUUCCAAUUGACUACAAAAUUGUUGGCUUAAAUGACAAGACGAAUUUGGAUUUGAUUUUGUUUCGCUGCCAGACCUGUCCGUUCUGUUGCAAGAUGAUUGCGUAUUUGAACAGCAAAGGUCUGUCGUAUUCGGUGGUCAGUGUUGAUGAGCCCUUCGAGAGAAGAGUGAAAUGGUCGCACUACAAACAAGUCCCGUGUGUGCUGGCGCGCACCAAAGACGGCAAAUACAUUGAGUUGACCAAUUCGAGUGUAGUGAUUUCGAUUCUAGCGGCUUUGACGAAUGAUCCGGAACAGAAUAUCGAAGAUUUGGCGAAAAUGUAUCCGAAGAUAUCGUAUGUCAAGGCGAAUGGAGUGAAAAAACACGGCAUUGUGAACAAGUAUGAUCUGAUGUACAAUGGAAAACUACCGAAGGGAGUAACGCUGGAAUCGAUACAUGAAGAGUUCCGAUGGCGUGACUGGGCCGAUCAUCAAUUCGUCCACAUGGUGUACCCAAACAUUUAUCGAACGCAUGCGGAGGCACUGGAAACGUACAAUUGGUUCUCGGAGCUGGGCAAAUGGGACCAGAUGUAUCCGAGUUGGAUGACAUAUCUUAUGGUACAUGCAGGAGCCACCUACAUGUUCCUAAUAAGCAAACGUCUGAAAAAACGACACCAUUUAUGGGACGACGUACGAGCACAAUUUUACGAAGUCUGCAAUAAAUGGACCGACGAAUUGGAUCGACUAAAAACACCGUUCCAUGGCGGCAAAGCACCGGAUCUGGCCGAUCUGGCCGUAUUCGGUGCAAUGAAUUCGUUUGUAGGAUGUCAAACGUUUACGGAUCUGAUGAACAACACGAGAAUAAAGCCAUGGUUCGAUGCGAUGAAAGAGAAUGCGGAGAAAAAUAGAGGAACGAUUGUCGCUGCCGGUGUAACGCUGUAAAUAAUUCCAGUCUGGAUCCGUUAAUCUGGAGUCAAUUAAGUUUAGGGUACAAAGAUAAUAACCAAAGUUUGUUCACACAGCUCAUCAGAACAAAAGCCUUAGUUUUGGUGCUAUAGAUGAUAGAGUUGCUGUGUCGUUCGCUCAACAAUCACUUCCAUUUUCUGUUGAUAUUAUUCUUAAUUCAUUCCUGUUGAUAACGAAUUUUUUUGGCAGUGCAACCCACUUGCUUGUACUUAAUAUGGAUACGCUUUUAAACUUAAUGUAGUGCAUCUGGCCAAAUCCACAUAGAAAGAGAACCGAUUUCAAAAUUGCCGCGUAAAUUCUGCUGUUGAUACACCUAGUACGACUACCUAAGUUUUGACACAUUGACUUUUGGGUACAAUGACAGAAAAUUAUUUGUCAGUAAAAAUUGAAUCUUUUUUCUCUCGAAUGGUGGUUGUUUUGUUCAAUCUUUUCAGUUAGCUGAGUAAAAAUUAAUUUCGUGAUUAAAGAAUUGUAUAAAAAUUGAUCAUUUUGAAGAUGCCACUAACGAGCGCCGAGCGAAAAAGACGCUAUUUGGAGAAAAUGAAAGAAAAUGGCGGUUUCGAUGAAUUCAAAAGAAAAAAUGCUGCCUACGCAAAAAACAAACGAGUGGAACUGAAGGUCGGUGUAGAACAGCUUCCGAAAAAAGAUAGAGAAGACAUUAAGCGAAAGAACCGGCAGUACAGUCAACGUAAACAACGAGAAUAUCGCGAGCGCAAGAAGAAAACGGAAAGUACCGCCAACGGCAGCACCGUGUCAUCAGACCCCAAAACAGAAGAAGAUGGUCAGUACAAAACUGCCAGCGCUUUGAAUAAAGCCGUAGCAAAGUUAAAGCGAGCAGCACCCGCAACAUUGGUGAAGUCGAAACAGGCUGUUGCAAAAUUUCUAAAAACAUUUGAUCCGUCCGACGUAAAGGAAAUGGUUGGAAUAAGCGAGAACAAGCGGAAAGGGUCCAGAGCAAUCAAACCAUCAAUCGUGUCUGAAGUCGAUGCUUUCUACCAACGAGAUGAUAUCAGCCGUAUAUCACCGAACGUGAAGCAUUGUAAAAGAUUUGAGGAUCCGUCGACUGGCGCAAAAGAGUUCAAACAAAUCCGGUUCCUAUUGUACACGUUGUCUGAUGUCUACAGGAUGUUUUUGGAACAGGCUGUUCAAAACAGCGACGAGAAACCCCCGAUCCGAUUCUCAAAAUUUUGUGCGCUGCGUCCAGAUCACGUGAAACUGGUGAACGAUACACCCCUUGACCAGUGCCGGUGCUUUUACCAUUCAAAUUUCAUUCUUUGCUGUGAAGCGAUUAACCGGUUCAUGCCAAAGUUUCCGAAGUAUGGCAAUGACUUGGAACGGCUAAUUUUAUGCAACAAUCCCAAGAAGGAGUGUUACCUCCGGAAGUGCAAGACAUGUCCGAACAUUGAAGACAUAUUGGCAACGGCGAUGAAGAAUUCAGAUAAACAGAAAGGCGAUUCCGUCACGUUCAAUAAAUGGGUGAAGAACCCAGACACAAACCGUUUUCAAAAAGUCGUCCAAGAGGAAACGUUGGAAAACUUGAUGCAGUACUUCCGUCGAAUUCUACCGGAUUUCCAAAAACAUUCGUAUGUUAAACGUCAACAGGCAGCAAGUUUCGAGGCAGACAAGAUCGAGGCGGAGCAAUCAAAUAAUGAAGUUGCCGUGCUUCAAAUCGAUUUUGCCGAGAACUUUGUGUGUGAGGCUCAGGACGAAGUACAGAGCGCUCAUUGGAACCAGGCAGCUGUAAGUUUAUUUACUUCGUGUCUGAUGUUGUCUGGAAAACAGAAACCCGUUGUGAUUGCUUCAGACAACCUUAAACAUACCAAGAAUGAAAUUGCAUGCUAUCUGUUUGACAUCGUCUCGAAAGUUCCAUCAACGGUGAAGGUUUUGAAAGUGUGGUCAGAUGGUCCGAAUAAUCAAUUUAAGAACAAAUUUAUUGGUGCCUUGCUGAAGUUGCUCGAAGUUCAUUUCAAAAUCAAAAUCAUCUGGAAUUUCUUCGCCACGUCCCAUGGAAAGGGGUGCGUGGACGGAAUCGGAGCGGUUGUUAAAAACCGCGUAAAGCGAAUCGUAAAGUCUCGCAAAGCGAUCGUGAACUGUGCACAGGAUUUCGUUGAUUCUUUUAAUUCAGAACCUUCCACCAUUGAAUUAAUUCACUUUUCUACAGAUGAUUUUGAAAAAUCCUUUAAGAAAUUUCAGAUAGACGCAACAUUUCAAGAUGCAGCACCCGUGGCGAACAUAUUCAACAGUCACCAAUUUCAGGUUGUUGGCUCUAAGGUCAUUGGAUUCUUUGUGUCGAGUGAAGGAUAUGCCUACUGUCAAAAUUCCUAAUCCUUCUGCAAUUAUUUUUUAAAUUCCAUUUUAACUAAUUUUCAGGUUUUUCAGGUCUUUUAAAAUCUUGUUUUUCAUUUCAGCUUGGUUUAAGCUUCAACCGAUUGAUAUUUCGACGAAAUUCUGUUUCUUUAUUUCAGAUUUUUAGUUUAAGUUUUAGAGAUAAGGAAUAGCAUUAAGGAUUAGUUAUAAGAUUCGUAUCCCCUGGUUCUCCUGAACUAGGCAGGUUUCCAUGGUUCCCUGAUCCAAUAGUCUAUCGGAGCUUCUCUCUGUAGAUUGUAAAUUUGAAGUCGUCCAUGGGCGGAAUUCGUUUACGAAUUUAGGAUUUUUUUUUAAUACAAAUAAAUGAAAUAUAAC